AGGUUGGACCGGCCCUCCCGCGCUCCGAGCUGAUGCUUCAUCAGUCGCCUUCAACCAAAACCAGCUUCACGCACAAACAUAAGGGAGUGGGAGGUCCCUUCCUGGGCUCCGAGCUGAUGGUUUGUAUCGCUACUUGUCUUCACCCUUAAACCAGCUUUUUCGCACAGCAUAAGGGAGUAGGAGGUCACGUGGGUCGUCCGACCUGUUUGCAGAAACUGCUGCUGGCCAAGAGAUCGACAGGUGGUGUAGAGAGAAAAAAAACAAAGGGAUUGCCAAUGUAUUCAGGGUCCAAUGGUUAUGCUACCCGUGUUGACCAUGUGCGGGAGAGCCCCUACUACGAUGAGGUUCCCCUGGGCUCCUUGUGGCGGGACGCACCACCAGUACGUCCCCUGCAUGCCAUGCAACGCGGAGCCGACAUCGCCGUCAGCUCGGACCCCCUGCCGCCGCCCCCCUUGCCCGAGGCGCCUGCAGUGGGAGGCGGCCUCUACGGCGCUCCCGGCAGCGUGGGGGACCCCCUGGACCCCGACAGCCAGGCCAUGGACAUCAAACCCGUGCGCCGCUUUGUCCCCGACUCCGUGAAGAACUUCUUCCGCAGCAGCGGUAGAAGCCUCACCCAGGGCUGGCCGGCUCCUCCUCCUCCAGCCCCCCAGGACCCCGACCCCCUCGCCCCCUCCUGGAUGCAGGAGGACAGCAACCGCACCACGCCGGGCGUCCGCUGCUCCCCUCCCCACUCGCCGCCCCCGUCCCCCUCCCUCCCCGGCUCCUACGUGGACCGGAAGGAGCGGGACGGCCUGCUGCUCGGCGCAGAGGCCCUGGGCUCGGUGUCGGAGGCGCCUACCAACAGCUCGGCCAUGACGUACAGCGAGCGCGUGGAGGACUACCACCUGCGCUACGCCUACAUGAAGUCCUGGGCGGGCCUCCUGCGCAUCCUGGGCUGCGUUGAGCUGCUGCUGGGCGCGGCCGUGUUCGCCUGCGUGUGUGCCUACGUUCACAAGGACAACGAGUGGUUCAACCUAUUUGGCUACUCCUCGCCGCAGAUGUACGGGGGGCUGGGCGGAGGCGCCAUGAGUGGGGCCUACGGGCAGGGCGGGAUUCAGUACACGGGCCCCAAGACGCCGUUCGUCCUGGUGGUGGCCGGCCUGGUGUGGAUCGUCACGGUGAUCAUCCUGGUCCUGGGGAUGAGCCUGUACUACCGCGCCAUCCUGCUGGACUCGUCCUGGUGGCCGCUGACCGAGUGCCUGGUCAACGUGACUCUGGGCGUGUUGUACCUGGCGGCGGGCGUGGUGUACGUGCGGGACACCACCCGCGGGGGCCUGUGCAGCACGCCGGUGUUCAACAACGGCGUGAACGGGGCCUUCUGCCGCACGGAGGCGGGCCAGACGGCGGCCAUGGUCUUCCUGUUCCUCACCAUGACGCUGUACUUCCUGGGCGCGGGCGUGUGUCUGAUGCUGUGGAGGCACGAGGCGGCCCGCAUGAGGAAGGCGGCGCUCGACCAGGAGAUGGAAACGAUUGCGUCCUCCUUACCGAUGUCCAUACUCAACGGAGGAGGUUCCCGGCCAUCAGAGGCCACCCCCCUCCCCACCUUUCAUCAAGAUGAUGCUUACAGCCAGACCAACUCCCGUGCUGGCCUGCCCAUGCCCCUGGAGCCGGAGAUCCUCCAGGGUUACAUCCCAGCCGGGCACAUCCCCAAACCCGUCAUCAUAGCGGACUAUGUGGCGAAGUAUCCCAGUAUCCAGUCGGAGGAACAGAGGGAUCAGUAUAAGGCGGUUUUUAAUGACCAAUAUGCAGAGUACAAGGAGCUGCAUGCCGAGGUUCAGGCAAUAGCCAAGAGGUUUGGGGAGAUGGACGAACUCAUGUCCAGCCUACCACCUCGCCCCUCUAGUCAGAUGGAAAAAGACCGCAUUGAUGGCAUUAUGCUCGAAUACCAGAAGAAGAAAGCUGACCCAACAUUUUUGGAAAAGCGAGAUAGGUGUGAAUAUCUGAAGAACAAACUCGCACACAUCAAGUUCAAGAUUCAAGAGUAUAACAGUAUAACUGCUGGAAAGAUGGCCUGAGCAGCUCUGCUAAGAGCAUUUUAACCUGAACACUACACUUCUUCCAAAUGUAUAUGCAUGCAUAUUGAAUGUAUAUAUUAUACUUUUUUUUAAUCAAUACAUUCAAUUUCAAACAUAAAAACUCCCAAACUCGC